AUCUAGCGGGGCAAGAGUUCCUGGAGGCACCGCCAUGUAGGCUAAAGAAGACAGGGCCAAGCUGGGCGAGACCGGCACGCGGCUCCCCCCAGCGAAGCCGCACCUGCUUCUCACUGGAAGGAGCUCUGUCAGCUGCCUGCUUACCCCGGAGCCGCCACCAAGUCUCUUUGUUGUAUGAAGCUUACAAGCUCGAUCCCUCUCUUCCAUCGCUCGUAAGCAUUGUUGCCUUAAGAUCUCAUGGUUGCUGUUCUCGGUCUCAAUUUCGUUUCGUCGCAAGCAUCUACCGCUGACUAUUCCACUCUCGCAGUUUCUCCUCCAUUGCUGCUCUCGGUCCCGAAUGAGAGAGUCAGUCUUUCCUUUCCCUGGUGCAGUAUUUUUUUUUCUUCUUCUGCGGAUGCGUAUAUGAUGGGGGAGAAGCUGAAAGAAACGGAGUAGGGUUGCGCGUCGAAGAGUCUUCGAAGCGCAUGGUCAGAUUUAGCUGCGUACAGAGUCCGUAGAAGAGGAAAAAAGUAUUUUAAUAAGGUGGCUGUCGAGAAGUUGCAUUUGGUCGUCCUUCUGUGGAGCUCCGAAGGUCUGUUUCUCGACUGCGAAGAACUUUGAGCACUCUUGAACUUGAGAGACCAAGAUGAGGCCUUCCAGGUGCUGAGGAACGUAUCUUGUAAACACUUUUGGUGGAAUAUAUUGUUAGUAGUGCAAAUAGCUUAGAAAAAUGAAGGCCACUUCAAGUCCACGAUCGGUGGCAGCAGUUGACCGGUGCGACAUGAAGAGCAAGUGCUUAUGGCCCAGCUAUGGCAUGUAUACCAAGUGCCACGAUAAGCUCCCCUACCGCGGCUGCGGUCUCUCGACAACCCUUUUGUAUUAUAUCAUGUCAUUUAUCUUCUUCUCGAUCGUGGGAGUGUUUUACGCUUGGUUAGCAUUCUCCCCAUACAAGAAUAUCAGCGACGCAGUAUCUACUGGCUGCCAGCCAGACAACGAAGGCUCAUGGAGUAUCGGCCUGUUCCGUGGCAGCUCCCCUUUCUCGCUGAAGCCGAUUGAGAUGACAAAUGCGCCAAAUAAUGAAACAGCAGCGUGGCCUGUUGCGAAUCCAGUAUUCACAUGUGCCUCUGUCACUAGCUUGACGCAUCCUAGUAAUUUUGUUGCAGACCCCUUUCUGUACAUUUUGGGCUCCAAAAUGUACCUGUUCUUUGAGACGAAGAACAGUCUUACUAUGCAAGGAGACAUCGGUGUGGCUGAAAGCUCAGACCAAGGGCUAACAUGGAAGUAUUUGGGCAUCGCUCUCGACGAAGAAUGGCAUUUGUCCUAUCCAUACGUCUUCGAGUAUGAGGGCGAGAUAUAUAUGAUGCCUGAAGGCAGCAGGAAUGGAGAUCUUCGUUUAUACAAAGCAACAAAAUUUCCCGUGCAAUGGGAGUUUCACAAGACUUUGAUAGACCAGCCUUUGGUGGAUGCAUCAAUGGUGCAGCAUGACGGAAACUAUUGGAUGUUCGCCUCCAAUCAUAAGCGAUUCAAUAGCCGUAAGAAUGGUCAGCUGGAGGUAUGGGUAGCACCGUCUCCUCUUGGGCCUUGGAAAGAACACUCAAAAAACCCCAUCAGGAAUGGGCCGAAGAGUGAUGGGGCUCGAAACGGGGGAAGUCCCUUUGUGCACGAAGGGAAGCUGUACCGUCUUGGGCAGGACUGUGGGGAGACUUACGGACGUCGAUUGCGAGUCUUCCAUGUCGUGACCUUGACGAAGGACCUCUACCACGAAGUCGAGGUGCCGCUCAAUUUAGAGGAGUCGAAGAAAGGUCGCAAUGCCUGGAAUGGCAUGCGAUAUCACCACUUGAAUCCGCAUCAGCUGCCUUCUGGUGAGUGGAUUGCGGUAGGGGAUGGAGAUAGAGUUCCCUCAGGUGACCUGGAGAUGCAGCUUGCCCUUGGGGUUGGAGCUCUCUUGAUCGUCGUCUUGUUGAGUAUCACGGUAGGCGUGGUUUCAGGCUACGGUCGCUGUUGGUUGCCACCUCUUUCGAUCACACUCCCUGGAAGCAAGAAACCCACCGAAACUUUGCUACCAUGGGUGAUGCGUCCACAAUUGUCUGGCCGGCUUUAUAGAAGUGUGAGCCGUUUGAACAGAGUCGGGUCUACUCUCCGCAAGAGCCUACCGGCGAACUCAUGUUUCCGGUGCUCAUUUGGUGUCCUGUGCUUCGUCAUCAGUGUCUGCGCCAUUUGUGUUGUGGUAAGCUCCUUCUUCGGUGGGAAUGGGGCACAGGAGCCACACCCCGUUAACGGCCAGUACUCUCAAUUCACCAUGGUCGCCAUGACAUACGACGCCCGCCUCUGGAACCUUCAGAUGUACGUCAAGCAUUACUCCCGCUGUACAUCUGUUCGCGAGAUUGUUGUGGUGUGGAACAAGGGCACUCCUCCGAACCCGGCGUUGGAUUUCGACUCAGCCGUCCCGGUGCGGAUUCGUGUCGAGCCGAAAAAUUCGCUUAAUAACCGAUUUAAACCAGAUCACUUGAUCAAGACAAAGGCUGUUUUAGAGCUGGACGACGACAUCUUGAUGACCUGCGACGACGUCGAGCGCGGGUUCAGGGCAUGGCGAGAGCAUCCCAACAGAUUAGUUGGAUACUACCCCCGUUUGGUCGAAGGCAAUCCUCUGCAGUACCGAAACGAGCGAUACGCGCACUCUCAAGCGGGAUAUAACAUGAUCCUCACGGGCGCCGCGUUCAUGGACAACGAGGUCGCAUUCUCCAAGUACUGGAGCGAGGACGCAGCCAAAGGGCGCGCUGUAGUGGACGAGCUCUUCAAUUGCGAGGACAUUCUCAUGAAUUUUGUCCUUGCAAAUCAAACAUCGGAGCGUGCACUGGAAUAUGUCCACCCUGCCUGGGCCGUGGACACUUCCAAGUUUUCGAGCUCGGCUAUCAGUCGGGACACGCAAGGGCAUUACGCUAAGCGAACGGAGUGUUUGUCACGCUUCUCGGAGCACUUCAAUGGCAUGCCGCUGAAGAGGUGGGAUUUCUUGAGCCGUCAGGAUGGGUGGGACAACUGAUUCCGUUGGCAGCAGAGAGUAGAAACAAGUUCAGCAGUAAUAUGGUGUAAAAUCAUAUACUGUUUGUACUUUGUACAUUAGCUUUCGCGACUGUAUUUUAGAGGUCUAGACGGUGGAAUGAGCACAGUGACCCAUAUAAUUGAAGCUCACUUGAGAUAUCAGGAAAAUAUGUGUGCUUGGUGAUGAUGCAACCAGGGUGACGACAAUGAAUAUAUCAACGUUGCCACUGUUAUCUCCGCAGGCUGCCCUGUCACUUAAGGUAGAAGCUGAAACUACUCUAUCUUGCCCACACUUGUAUACUGGAUACCAAAAAUGUAAAUUCUCCUCAUAUAAAUUCUACCUAACUUUGAACUCGA